ACAGCUACCUCCCGCCAUUACAGUGAUAUCGCGAAAAGCUUAAAAAUGCCGUUUCUAGUCGUAAAAACAAUUGAGGACGGUAUCCCUUGUGUUGCGGCAUGUCCUGAUACAUGGGUGGAGGGCAGCAGGCUUUAUUGGCCAAAGGAGUGUGUAAAUAUUGACAAAAUCAGGAGCAACGAUAAGAUCAAGCCUCAAAAAUCUUGGAUGAAGUUGAAAUGUCAGGUGAAGAUGAGAGAUAUCGCCUCCUUCGGAGAGGCUGUUCGAUAUGAAAAAGCUCUCAGUACUGUAGACACUGAAAGUGAGGCGGAAAUAGUGGAACACCGCAAGGGGAAGCAAUCUACAUGCUCUCUCGGACAAGGUACAGCGUCGCAAGAUUUUAACUUUUUGGUCUCUAAAACUGAGGGAUGCAAUGCAGUGUACUUCUCGGAAUCAGCAGAAGGUCACUAUGAGACGUCAUUAGCAAAUGAAACUGGUCCUGAUCCAACUUCAAUCAAAAUUGUCGAGUGUCCAGAACCAGAGUACUUUCCUGCAAGAGCAGAAGAAGACAUAGAAUCAGGAAACGAAGCUCCAGUCGAACAAACUUUGUCGCAAUGCGACAAUUGUGCUGUGUUUCUUGAGGAACUUAACCAGAUAAAAGAUAAUUUGAAAUAUCUUUCACUUUUGCCUGCGAUUGAUGUAAAGUUGGACAGACUGUUGGAAGAGCAGGAAAAUCCAAAAGGGGGUAUAAAGAGGAAGAAUACACCAAAAAUUGAUAUUUUUCCAAUUGGAGAUGAAUCAGUUCUGGAGGAUUUUGAGGCGCACCUUGCAAAUAAGACUUACAGGGAGCAAUUUGUUCAUCAGAUGUCAUCCUUUGGAGGUACAUCAGGCAAUCGUGAUGGUAAUAAAAUUGCAUUCCGACUAAUUGAUAAAAUUUUCACAAGUGAUUUAUUAACUAACUACUCAUGGACAGGCGCUAAGACCAAAUAUAUUAAGAAACAAUUUUCGACCUAUACUCACUUUAUUGAAGCAUUUUAUGAUAUAGUCAAGCUUGCUGAUGAAAGAUACUCCACCAUCGAAAACGAGAAAUUUUUCAAAGAAAAGAUCCUCAAACAUAGUUUGGCUAGAUCCAAGCAGAAGAAAAAGUAAAAUAUUCAGAAGGUUCGACAAACGCUGAUUAAAAAUAUUUGUUUAUGAGCGAUCAAUAUCUAUAGCAAAUAUACAGUAAGGAAGCAAGAUUUGUGCAUUAUUUUUUGUAAAGGAAACAAUAAUGUGUGAAGUUAUAAGAUUUUAUUUUUGCUCGGGAUAUUAAAGCUAAUCAGUAAGAGUAUGAAGUAAUGGAAAAAAAAUUAUUUCGUUUGAACUAUAAAUUGAAAAAAGUUUGCAUUUCAAAUCCUGGAUUCUGUACAAACUUUGUCUUUCACCAGUAACAAAUUUAGUGGAAUAAAUAUUUAAAUGAGAUGAUCUUAUUGGUUUUUCAAAGUAAUCCCCACAUUUUCUAAUCUCUGUGACAUAAAUAUUUAUCUCACCAUUGAGCUUAGUUGCAUUAAUCAUUUGAACAAUUUUGUUGCCCUUAGUUAAAAACCAUUUGUUUUUUAAAUCGUUUUUCAAAAACAAAUCAUGAGUAAUCAGGACGCAAUUGAAUGAUCCACUACAAUCUGGAAGAUCGUGAUCCUGUGAUAUUUUUCCUUUCAAAAUUGGAUAGGUGAUUUCUGGUACGCUUUCAUUUUGUCGACGAGAUUUUUCAAUAAUUCUCUUUGCUGCUUGUGUGAGUGGUUUGUGUCCACCCCUUACCAUUUGAGUAAUUUGAUGGAGGUAGCUCUCGAAAGGAUAGGAUGAUAUUUUAUCCAAAGAGCCGUGAUGUCUCACAUCAUCUACAAGAUGAAUGAGGCCAUGUAAGUUGCUCCCAAUUGCAUCUAUUCCAUAGACAUUUAUGUAAGUCUCAAUGAAUUCGGCGAAUAGAACUUCAGCAACAUUAAGCAAAUUUUUGUAAUAAUCUGAUGAACAG